AUUAUGACAAACUCUCAAUUUUCCAGGAAAAGGACUUUUGUGGUUUGUGUUUCAGAAAAUCUUCAGAUUAGAUUGAAGUACAAAGUAUGAGGUAUACUUAUCUUCAAACCUUUUGUUCCAGAAGACAAAGUCCCGGUAAGAAGUGUUACUUGCCAAUCUGAGAGAUAGUUCUGUCAGUACUGCAGUGAGGCAUAACAGUACUGCAGUGAACUGCAUGCCUGCAUUUGUGCAACUUUUUAUUCACGGUCUCGACUUUUUAUUUAUUUUGAAGAGAUCACGAUCUCAACGUUCUUUAUUGUUUAUUUUGCUUAGUAGAUGCUUGCUAGGGUAAAGUCUUGGGGUUGGUACCCAAGACAUGAGAUUAAAUAUCUGUUAUCUGUUAUUAUCUCGUUUCAGUAAUUUUCUUCACCUUUAAAGUUUCUAAAAUCUGGGCCUGAUUCUUGUUACACAUACAUCUUUUAGUUAUACUUAUAUUGUGUCAUACCAAAUAUCAAAGGAAUGAGUGGAGGUUUCAGGGGUAUAGCAGCGGCGUUUUAGUCAUACUUAAUUAUGUUCAACUUCUUUUAUAUAUAAUAAUUGGCUUAAACAUAUACAAUGAAGUUCCCUGCACUAGCUCAUAAUUUAUUUAGCAAUUGUUUUAUAACAUGCUUUUGCUUCCCCAGCUUAAUAUAAUUGUAAAAUAGUUCUUAAAGAGAGACUAUACAUUGGAUUUGGGUGAACAUGGAGGCCAUAGCUGAUUAGCCGCCCAGGAAUAUUGACAUUUUCUUACCUCUCCUACUUGGCUACUUCUACCUUAUCUAAUAGCCAUCUUGGUGGAAUGCAUGAAGAAGAAAGCGUGGAAUUACACUGACGAGUAUAUAGAAUGAAGAAUAGUGCCGAACAUUUCAUUAUCCAGAAAGCUGAAAAGGGUGACAAGAAAAGGAUUCACAACGCCGUUGACAUGAGAACUGGUAAGAACCAAUCCCUUAUAUUUGCUGAAGAUCUGUCAAUACCCUCCUUUCAGGUCAUUGUAAUGAAUGCAAACAUGGGAUGCAGCUCCUGCCGUGACAAAGUCUCCAGAGUUUUGUCAAAAAUGACCGGGUUUAAAGAAUACACAAUUGAUGUACGCAAGAAGCAGGUGGUUAUCAAAGGCGAUGUUAGUUUUUUAUGGAGUGAGAAAAAAGAGGUUACUUGACUGGACUACUGGAGUUUUUUAUGGAGUGAGAACAAAGAUGUUAUAGAAGAUUGCUUUUCCAUUUGAGGUUGAACUGGAAGUCAACGAAUUCUUGGAUAGGGGAUUACCAUGUCUUUAACUCUUUAUGAUUGUAAAUUAUUGAAGCUAAAUUGACCAGAAUUUGCAACUGGAUUACGUGCACAACUUAAGCUUUUCCAA